AUGCCUCACAAAUGUUGUGGUGACUCGACAGGUCAGAAAGGUCAGGUAAUCCAACAGUACAGGAUGACCAGUGUCCAGUCCCUGGCCGUCUGGCUGACCCCUUCCUAUGGCCUGGCUUUGCUGACCACUCUCCUCCUGGCCUGGCUACUUGUGUCCACUCUACUGACCGGUCGGGGCAAGAAUCUACCCCCUGGGCCCAGGGGCUGGCGCGCUAUCUACAGCAUUGUCAAACUGACCGAGUUCCUGUUCUCCAACAAAGACAUCAUCUUCGUCCCCUACGACACGAGGCAGCGCCGACUGAGGCGCAUCUUCCACAGCGUGAUGGGCGUGUACGGGGAGGGGGCGGAGCGGUUUGAGAGCCUGGUCCUGGGGGAGCUGGGGCUGAUGGUGGACGAGCUGAGGGGGUGUGCCGGACGUGACGUCAGGAUGGACGAGGUCCUGGGGAAGCCGCUAAAGAACAUUCUCUGCAUGUUGCUGCUCGGGGAGCGGCCACACACCACCGACCACGUGGAGAUCAUGGAGCGGUUUGACUUCCGCGCCAACAAAAUCUUCACGACCAAAGUCCAGCUGGCCUUGACCUUAUUCCCGUUCCUGUGGUGGGUUCCCAACAAGUACCGGACGUACCUGGACCAGGCGGGAGACAGCAGACGAGACGUCCAGAAACUCAUCACUGACCACCGGAGCUCCUACGUCCCCGGAAAGCACCGAGGCAUGUUGGACACCCUGUUUGAGGCACAGAGAAAACCUGGCAACGAGUGGCUGGAUGAUGAAACAGUCACCGUCUACGCCACCAUUCUCUUCUUUGGAUCUCACGUGACCACCCGGUCCACCCUCCUGGCAGCCUUCAUGUUCCUGCUCAACAACCCGGACGUGGUGAGGAAAGUCCAGGAGGAGAUAGACCGCGUCAUCGGGGACAGACUGCCACGUGUGUCCGACCGGUCGGACAUGAACUACACAGAGGCGGUGGUGCUGGAGACUCUGAGAACGUACUACCAGAUCCCGUUCAUCAGCUUGAGGAACGCCAGGGAAGACUUUGAGUACAAGGGGUACACCAUCCCCAAGAAGACUAUGAUCAUGACCAACAGUGAGUGUCUGGACUACAACCCUGACCAUUUCGAGGACCCCAUGAAGUUCAAACCCGAGAGACUUCUGGACAGUAAGGGAACCAUCUACCCCGCCGACCACCCAGUGAGAAAAGCGUUUAUGCCUUUUGGUCUGGGCGCCAGGAUCUGUCCGGGAGAGGUUUUUGCAAGGUCAAGGAUCUUCCUCUUCAUCGUGCACGUGCUGCAGAACUUUGACAUUUUCCCGCCGGACUCGGAGCCGAUAGUCAAGGAAGACCCCAGGGCCUACGACAAAACCCUUGAGGGAUUUGUCAGACAGACGCCACCGUACAAACUCAAGUUUCGUCCCAGAACUGCGAAAACGUGUUAG